GGCCGGGCUAAACUGGAGGCCGCCUUCGGGGCGAACGAGGGUCGGGGGAGGGGUUUGCGUCGAGUUUCUCUUUAAAAGCCCCGGGGGCGAAAACCUGCCCAGAACUGUACCCUGCUGCAGCCCGCGCUUCGCCUCGCUUCUCAGAGGGUCCUCGGCGAUCGGCAUGGAGAGGGGCCACUGCUGAGAGCCCAGUCCCAGCCUGGCCACCACGGAGCCCUACUGCCAAAAAGUUCCUGCUGCCACCCCUGACCUCCCCUCAGCACAGGACAAGGAUGGAGAUGCCUCUUGGCUCACGCUUCUAUGGCUGUUUGGCUGUGUUUGUCUUCCUGCCCUCCCUGAGCCUGGCCCAGUAUGAGAGCUGGCCCUACCAGCUCCAGUACCCUGAGUACUUCCAGCAGCCCGCUCCCGAGUACCACCAGCACCAGGUGCCCUCUGAUGUAGUCAAGAUCCAGGUACGCCUGGCGGGCCAGAAGAGGAAGCAUAAUGAAGGCCGUGUGGAGGUCUAUUAUGAAGGCCAGUGGGGCACUGUGUGUGAUGAUGAUUUCUCCAUCCAUGCUGCCCACGUUGUCUGCCGGGAAGUGGGUUAUGUGGAAGCCAAGGCCUGGACUGCCAGCUCCUCCUACGGCCCAGGAGAAGGACCCAUCUGGUUGGACAAUAUCCACUGCACUGGCAAAGAGGCGACCCUGGCAGCCUGCUCCUCCAAUGGCUGGGGUGUCACUGACUGCAAGCACACAGAAGACGUUGGUGUGGUGUGCAGUGACAAGAGGAUUCCUGGGUUCAAAUUUGACAAUUCUUUGAUCAACCAAAUAGAGAGCCUAAACAUACAGGUGGAAGACAUCCGGAUCCGGCCCAUCCUUUCUGCCUUCCGCCAUCGCAAGCCUGUGACGGAGGGCUACGUGGAGGUGAAAGAGGGCAAGACCUGGAAGCAGAUCUGCGAUAAGCACUGGACGGCCAAGAAUUCCCACGUGGUCUGUGGCAUGUUUGGCUUCCCUGCCGAGAAGACCUACAACCCCAAAGCCUACAAAACCUUUGCCUUGAAGAGGAAGCUGCGCUACUGGAAAUUUUCUAUGAACUGCACGGGGACGGAAGCUCACAUCUCCAGCUGCAAGCUGGGCCCUCCAGUGUCCAGGGACCUCGUGAAGAAUGCCACCUGUGAGAAUGGUCAGCCGGCUGUGGUCAGUUGUGUGCCUAGCCAGAUCUUCACUCCUGAUGGGCCCUCGAGGUUCCGGAAAGCCUACAAGCCAGAGCAACCCUUGGUGCGGCUGAGAGGUGGAGCCCAGGUCGGGGAGGGCCGAGUGGAGGUGCUCAAGAAUGGAGAAUGGGGAACCGUCUGCGAUGACAAGUGGGACCUGGUAUCUGCCAGUGUGGUCUGCCGAGAGCUGGGCUUCGGGACUGCUAAAGAGGCCGUCACGGGCUCCAGGCUGGGGCAAGGGAUUGGGCCCAUCCACCUCAACGAGGUCCAGUGCACAGGGACCGAGAAGUCCAUCAUAGACUGCAAACUCAACACAGAGUCGCAGGGCUGCAACCACGAGGAGGAUGCUGGUGUGCGAUGCAACAUUCCCAUCAUGGGCUUCCAGAAAAAGCUGCGCCUGAAUGGAGGCCGCAACCCCUAUGAGGGCCGAGUGGAGGUGCUGACAGAGAGAAACGGGUCCCUUGUGUGGGGGACUGUAUGUGGCCAGAACUGGGGCAUUGUGGAGGCCAUGGUGGUCUGCCGGCAGCUAGGCCUGGGCUUUGCCAGCAACGCCUUCCAGGAGACCUGGUACUGGCAUGGAAAUGUCUUCACCAACCAAGUGGUCAUGAGUGGAGUGAAGUGCUCGGGGACAGAGCUAUCCCUGGCACACUGCCACCACGAUGAGGAGGUGACCUGCCCUGAGGGUGGGGUGCGGUUCGGUGCUGGAGUCGCCUGCUCAGAAACCGCACCUGACCUGGUGCUUAAUGCCGAGAUUGUGCAACAGACUGCCUACCUAGAGGACAGGCCCAUGUUCUUGCUGCAGUGCGCCAUGGAGGAGAACUGUCUCUCAGCCUCCGCCGUCCACACCAACCCCACCACAGGCUACCGUCGCCUUCUCCGCUUCUCCUCCCAGAUCCACAACAACGGCCAGUCCGACUUCCGCCCCAAGAAUGGCCGCCACGCGUGGAUUUGGCAUGACUGCCACAGGCACUACCACAGCAUGGAGGUAUUCACUUACUAUGACCUGCUGAGCCUCAACGGCACCAAGGUGGCUGAGGGCCACAAGGCCAGCUUCUGCUUGGAGGACACAGAAUGUGAGGGAGACAUUCAGAAGAGCUAUGAGUGUGCCAACUUUGGAGAACAAGGUAUCACCAUGGGCUGCUGGGACAUGUACCGUCAUGACAUUGACUGCCAAUGGAUAGACAUCACCGAUGUGCCCCCUGGAGACUACCUGUUCCAGGUUGUCAUUAACCCCAACUACGAGGUGCCAGAAUCAGACUUCUCUAACAACAUCAUGAAGUGCAGGAGCCGCUAUGAUGGCUACCGCAUCUGGAUGUACAACUGUCACGUAGGUAAGCUCCCUCGGCGGCCCCACCCUCCUCCAGAGGCUAGAACACAGGACACAGCUGCCCUACUUUCUCCGGGAACCAGAGGCAGCUAAUCUGGGAGAAGCUGGGAGUGGAGCCAGCAUCAAAUUCCUAGUUCAGAAAGCAAGCCAGAGAUGCAUGAAGGCCUGGGUGGGGAUUGAGUCUUCGCAGCCAGCCCUGGCAAAGGAGAGAGGGUGGUACAGAACUGGCGGGCCCAGCAAGACAGACCCCAGGUCUAUGUAAGGGCUGGAGCUAAGGCCAUCAACCCACUGGUCCUGUGACCCCAGCUAUGUAGGCAUCAGUUCAUGGGCUCUGUGUGCCGAGUUUUGCUGGGAAGCACUCUCCUGCCUUGUCACCAAUGAAGAGCUUUUUCCUUGGGGAACAAGAAGGAAAGCAGUUUUUGCCUCUGUUGGCAUGCGACAGGCCUCAUUCCUGGUGGCACUGUGUGUUUUUUUAAACGCCCUAAGUUUGGCACAGUGCCUGCUGAGUCCCUGGCCCUAGAGCUCACUAGUACCAUCCUGGCGAGUGCUCAGUAGGGCCACAGCUGAACAUGUACCUAAUUCUGGGUCUCCUUGACUCCUGCUCUCCAGGUGGAGCCUUCAGUGAGGAGACUGAGCAGAAGUUUGAACACUUCAGUGGACUUCUAAAUAAUCAGCUCUCUGUGCAGUAAAGAAGACCUGGGGCCAGGCAUGAUGGCUCAUGCCUGUAAUCCCUGCACUCAGGCUGAGGCAGGAGGAUUGCCACGAGAUUUCUACUCCAGACAUUAGAGCUUCUGUCUCAAAGAAGAAAAAGAAAGACAAAAGACAAAAGAAAGAAAAGAAAAAUGACUUAAUGGUCACCUACUGAGUUCAGGUGACAGCGUCUCCUGGCAGGGAAUACCAGUUGCCCUCUCCCGGCUAGUCAGGUCUAGCUGAGAAGAAAGGUGCUCCUUCAUUUACCAGGCACGGCUUCGUGUCCCUGUCCUGAGGCCUCAGAGGCAGGGGCUGUGGCACAUGGCUGUGGGAACUGGAUGGCAAGCUAUGAGCAGCUUAUCCCAUCCAAGUUUUGGUAUAUCCUAAGUGCGACAUCACCAUGCUCUGCAUAGAUGGGCCAUUUUCCCCUGGAGAUGUGGCAGGUGUGAACUCAGCAACCGCAGAGGUGGUCGAGCCGGAUUCCAUUUUCCCCCUUCUUAGGUCAUUUCUGGAAAACUUGAAUAUCGAGACCUCUGUAUUAAGUAUUUUUUUUUUUCCUCAUUGUACAAACUUCUUGACAAGAUCAACUCGAGGAAGGAAGGCUCUGUUUUGGCCUUCGUGGUUUGAGGACCCGGUGCGUCGUCGUGGCAAAGAAGGCCUUGUGGCAGGAGCAUGCCUGUGUCUGGUUUCAAACUCACUAGAUAGCUGAGGAUGACCUUGAACUUCUGCUCCUCCUGCUUCCACCUCCAGAGUGCUGGGCAUGAAACCCAGGACUUCACACAUGUAGGGAAUGUGCUCCUUAACGAUCACAGUGGCUUUCUCAGCACCCCCUUUCUCAGCACCCCCCUUUCUCAGCUGCCUUAAACUUCUGUGUGUUCUUUGCUUACCAAACUGCACAUCUGCCUGUCUCUUUCUGCUCCACUUGCUCCUUUUUUACAGUGGGCCUGAAUAAGAGUCACGAGCAGAGCCAUACCACAGCCUGACUGCUAUCCCGUCUUAAAAUGUCCUCCGCCAAACAAAUUAGCCCAUCGCUCUCAAGAUCCGCUCAAGUGCUCGGCGCACAGGCAGACUGCAGCUGGAUUCUUGCCAGGGUAUAACAUGGUUGGCUUCUAGCUCAAUUCCAGAGAGUCAGCUAGUCCCAGGGCCCCACUGAAACCUCAGGUAGUAGGCCUCCAGUGUCCACAUUUCUCUUGGCAUUCUGGUCUUCCAAACUCCCACCAGAAUAAUCCAUUCAGCUCUGUUCUCAGCACUCUGGGGGCUUUUUUUUUUUUCAGGCCCAAAGUCCCAAGAUCUCCCAGAGUCGCCCCUCAAACCUGUUCCCAUAGCUCAAGAACUCCAUGGCCAUGCUUAUCACAUCAAUGUUCCCACUCACAGUACUAAUCUUGUAGUUGUUACUCUUCUCAUUGCUAUGAGAAAAUACUUGACAAGAGCAGUUUGAGGGAAGGUGAAUUUGGGCUUAUAGUUUGAGACUGCAAUCCAUCAUGGGAAAGGCAGGGUGGCAGAUGCAAGAGGUAGCUGGUCACAUCGUAUCCACAAUCAGGAAGCAGAAUGGUGAAUGCUGGUGCUCCAUUUGCUCUCCCCCCCCCCCCUUUUUUUUGUUUUUUUCGAGACAGGGUUUCUCUGUGUAGUUUUGGUGCCUGUCCUGGAUCUCACUCUGGAGACCAGGCUGGCCUUGAACUCACAGAGGUCCGCCUGGCUCUGCCUCCCGAGUGCUGGGAUUAAAGGCGUGCGCCACCACCGCCCGGCUGCUUUCACUUUUGUAUUCGGCCUACAACCCCGGCCCAAGGAAUGGUGCUACUAGUGUUAGUGUGGGCCUUCCCUCUUUAGGUAAACCUCUUCUGGAAUCACCCUCAUCGACCCACCCAGAGGUGUUCUAAAUCCCACCUGGGUGACAAUCAAGGUUACCUAUCACAACCUCCUCCAGUUAAACCAACUUCUGUAUUCUAUGCAGCUGUAGCCACAACUUAAAGUACCAUAGCAAGACAUACAUUCCAAGGCUCCUAGGGGAUGACUGAAGAUUUGGAUGGUCCUGAGACAGGAUAGGAAGAGAACAUCCUGGGGACCCAGGUGGGAGGGGCCCUUCACCUCAGAGUCUGGUUGAAGCUCUUGCCAGCUGAGAAUGCUGACACAGAUAACAUGGUGAAUGGUGCUAAUAUAGAGACAGUAUUCAUUUUAUAGAGAGACAUCUCAAGUAAGAAUGUCAAAAUAGCAAGGAAUUAGGAAGUAUAAAUGGCCUUUCUCCUUUCCCAGCUGUAAACCUACAGUUUCCUAGAACCUCACCAGGAGCACUAUUUACGGUAAAAAACAUAUCUCAAGAUCCUUAUGCUACCCCUCAUGACCCAUGGUUUCACCUUAUCAGGGUACAGUCCUGCCCAAGACACCUCUGGAGCCACCCCAUAAUCUCACUAUCAAAAAGGGGAAGAGGUUGGCAGUGGGACUUAACAGCCCAUCAUUAAUACCAAAGGCUUCCAAACCCCUGUGUAUAGCUAGUGUAUACUAAGACACUUAAGACACUUCGAGAAGCCCACACCCCAGCUCUCGGGUGUGCCUUACUCUUUCCCUGGGCACCUCUUAUCCCCUGUAACUUAAAUUUAUAUUUAAAAUAUUUUAAAUAAACUUUAACUCUGCUUCA